GAGAGGAGCGCGGCGGCGGGGCAGGGCUGCGGAGGGGCCGCCGGGGCCGCUGCUCGAGAGCCCGGGACGCAGUGGCAUCAAGUUCUAUGCUGAUGGCCCUGGAUGUGGCAAAGUCGCUCUCUGAAGCCUCGCUGAGUCAGAAGGCCAAAUGUUACAGAAGGUGGGACUGCAUGGACAGACAGACGGACUGCCCAGAACUGGCCAGCAACGUGCACCAGCUUUUGGGUGCAGAGGGAGCCACAGCCACCCUGAACGACACGGAGAGCCUGGCAAUGAGUGGACGUGGUGGUUUGGCCACCGGUGUUACAGCACUCACAUCCAGAUUGCCUGGAACGAAAGCAAACCGCCUGGAGAGACGGCCGCUGACCUACGGAGCUGACCAGAAUGGUGAUUCAUCUCGUCUUGGCCACUGGUCCUUCCUGGAACAGCAGCAGAACUCCACAGAGGAAAAUGGCACUUCCAGCAUCCAUCACAUCACAUCCAGGCACUGGAGUCAGGCACCUUGGUCCCCAUCCUCCAGCCCCCCGGAGUCCUUGCCUCAGCAAACCCUGCCCAGCCCCAAGAGCCCCAGGCAGAGCCGCUCCAGAUCAAGCUUCUCCACUCUCUCUUUAGAGGAAAACAGCAUCUCUGAGCAGCAGGAAGGGAGGCGGUCCCAGAGCUCACCAGCCCGCCUGGACACACCUACUGCAGCCACCUGGGAGCUGUGCCACCAGCCGGGUGUGACGGGAGGUAGGACAACAGGAGGUAGGACAACAGGAGGUAGGACAACAGGAGGUAGGACAUUACAGGCACGCAAGGCCCUCAGCCCCCUGCUGCGUGACUGUGCCGCCAUGGAGUGUGUCAGGAAGAUGUCCUCCUAUCAGGCUGAUUACUGGGCAUGCGCCAUACCUGAUUCAUUACCCCCAUCCCCGGAUCGUCAGUCUCCCCACUGGAACCCCAAUAAGGAGUAUGAAGACUUGCUGGACUAUACAUACCCGCUGAAGCCAAAGUACAAGCUUGGGAACGUGCCGGAGCCUCUAUUCCAUGACUCAGGAGUAGAUCUGGACAGCUUCUCUCUGUCUCCUGAGGGCACUUUCAAAUCCACCAGCAUCUAUGGCCUACGUUGGCAGGAUCAGGGAAGGAGAGAGAAUGGGCAUCAGGGGGCUGUGGCUUCCACAAGGAGAUACUCCACACCAGUGGCUGGAAAAGCAGGCAGUGCCAGAGCUGUCUCUCACUACGAACCUUCUCCCAUUGCAAAAGCAUCCUUGGCAAGGAGCGCUUCCUCUGCUGGCGCAGCAGGUCCUGCUGAAGGUUUUGCUAAGGGUUUAAUGUUAUCCAGGUUAGCCAGACUGAGUUCAUUUGAUUGCCCUGAUGUGGAUGGGGGAAGCUGGUGUACCAGGAAUCCCUUUUCCAGUCACAAAGGAAAGGUGAAAAGCGCUGAGAGGUUUCUGCCUACAACACAAGUACUCCCCUUGACAAGGGAGUGGGACGGUGAUGAAGAAUUCCUUUCCCUGCCUCCCCGGCUCCGGGAGCUGGAAACGUUGUCUCAGAUUUUGUCUGAUCUUUCCUUAACUAUAAGGACACCCAGGCAAAGCCACUGGGAACCUCCACCUCGCAGCAAUGGCCCGGAGACCCUCUCAUCCGAAUGGGCUCCUUUUGGAGAAGUGGGCAGCAGGGACCUAAGGGAGAGAACUGAAGGCCCUGCUGGGCUAUGUCACCCCUACAGCUGGGACAGUGCUCAGCCAAGCAGCAGAAUCAACAGAGACCCUCUGCACAGACCGCCUCUCCCUGCCAGCAGCAGGGCUGUCCUGGAGGGGACACGCCUGAGCAGGCUGCACGCUGCAGGCUGUCCCACAGAGGGGGACCAGUGGAGUGAGUCCCUUGCCCAGUGUGUUAAGGUGUUUUGCCACCAGCUGGAGGAGCUCAUCUGUUGGCUGUAUGAUGUGGCGGACACGGCGGACGGUUGGGUGCCCCCUAUGCCUGAUGCUGCCAGCGUGAGGGCGGCGCUGCACCGUUAUGUGGAGUUCAGGAAGGACGUGGCCGAUCACCGGAGCCUAACAGAGAGCGUGCUGCAGCGUGGAGCUGCUCUGCUUGAGUGCAUGGCCUCCAAUUCGCCAGCCUUAAAGGACACGCUGGGUUUGAUUGAGAAGCAGUCAGAGGAGCUGGAGAACCACGCAGAGCGCCUGUACCAGUCGGUCCUGGCUGCUGUGGGUCCCGUGCAGGGGGAGAGCAGCAGCAGUGCACAGCAGGCAGCAGCUCAGGCACCAGAGGCCCAGUGGUCGAGCAGGGUGCUGCCUCCAUCAGAGCUGAGCUUUGUCAGCCAGGCUCAGGAGGGCUGAGCAGUGACUGCACAGACAGCUCUGCAGGGAUGCCACUGCUGUGUUGGCCCAUUCGGUUUGGUUUUUACUGUAGCCACAGAAGGGCAAGCUGUGCAGCAGUUGUUUGGCUCCUGGUAUUGCUGUUAUUGCUAAGCUGGGAGCUCUACGAGUGAGGAAUGUACAGCUCUCCACCUCCUUCUUUGUUUUAUUGGAAUGUAGCUUACUCCUUUAUUGCAGUGCUCUGUCCCACGGGGCAGGAGCACAUUUUUUUAUCUCAGUAAUCCAUAGUGUGCAGUGCAACUCACACCUAAGUAAAGCUGUGUGAUUCUAAUAGCAGCGUUCUGUGUUUGUGCCCUUCAGAAAUAGGUGCUGGAAGCCAAGUAGCAGCAGCUCCUUCUGUGCUUCUUGGGAGCAAACUCUUGUUUAUAAUUAUCCUUCAGUGCCCACUGAACUGUUCUGUUACGCAUAAAUGCAAAGAGCCAAUACUCUGAGUGACUCCUGACAACAGCAAGCAGGUUUGUGCACGAGCUGCUUGCACCAUGCUGGUCCCCGUGGCUGAACAGGACUGUGCCACCCCCCUCUUACAGCUCCCCUUUUAUCAGAAAGGGGCUCUAGAGCCUUUCUGCAACAAAAAAGGGUGUGCUUGGAGCAACUUCAUUAGGUAAGUAGUCAAAAAAAGAAAAUUACAGGCUGUUGGUACUUGUAAUUAACCUUUACACUAAAGAGCAAGUCAUGUUCUCUUGCAGAAUACAUCAUUUCCUCCCAUUCUUACAAAGAGAACAGAUACAGCACAUGCAGUGCACAAGUGGAAGGCAAAAAGUACAGUUACACCAAAGCAGCCAGGAGUUCUAAAUAACACAUUGGUCUUUUUUGUUUAAUACUUUUCCAAGUUCCACCUCCUCCUCUCAGCACUCGGUGUGGCUCCUGCAGCAGGAAUCAGCAUUACCCCAGUGCUGGUGGAAGGAAAGGCUGCUGCCUGGUGGCCACCACUGGCAGGUUCUGAGCACAAAGCAGUGUGCUGGAGCUCACAAGUGAGAGCCCAGUUCAGCAGGGGUUGCCUUUAAACCUGCUCUACUCUCCACCUGCUCCCAGCACCAAACAGUGCCAGCAAACGAAGUCAUGACUUAGGAAAAAAAAACAAAACAACAAAAAACACCAAACAACUGGUGUAGGCCAAGUUGGUUUUGCAAUGCUUUUAUUACUGUAUAUAUUAACAUUGUUUUGGAUAUUAUGUAGCAGGCAUCUCAACAUUUAAGUUCAUUUGUGCAGUUCUCUGAAGGGAAGAUGUUUUGCCCUCAGUACACCUUCUGGGUCGCUUCCUGAUCUUAGCAGCACUCACUGCUCCCAUGGCUCCUGCCCUCAAGGAGGAGCCAGUCACAUUAUAAUGAAUUAUACCAACAAGCACAUCUCUAAUAGAAAGCACAUCACUUUAUUGUGAAGGUCUCAAGUGGAAGAGUUCAACUUAACCAUGACAAUACUUUAUGUAUUACAAUUGCCUGUUGAUUGAUGCAACUAUGUUGAAGAAAGCUGUUAGCCAAAGUCCCCCCCCAAAACAAAAAGAUCAGAGGAUAUUUGCACCAAUUUUAGUUUAUACCUCACAACAUACCUAGGCUAUAUUCUUACUACCACAAGGUGUAUUUACUACUAGGGGAAUGUUACAUGGUCUUUCAAACAUGAGACUAUUUACAGAAUAGGCUGAACGUUUGAGUUUAGAUAAAGCUGAACAAUUUUACAUGUAUAGGAAGUGUUAUAGGCUAGCUUUCCUGUGGCUUUUAGCUAGACAUCAGGCACUAAUGACUUGAUUAGCUCUGUACAACAAAUCACACGCUGCCCAAACCUCACUGCUGCUGGUUAGUUCCACGCUGGGUGCAAUAGAGCCUACCGGAGCAACAGCCUGGCGUGGGGCUGCCCUGUCCCCACUGCAUCCUUCUGGUGCCUCUACACGUAACAGAAGAGAAACUAAGCUGUUGCACGAAGAAGAGUAUUAAUUAAAAGAGGAUGGAAUUAACAGUAUAUAGAAAAGACGUAAUAUACUGGUAGAAAGUCAUACCACCUCAAGGUCAACGCUGAAGUCACUCACGUUAGGGCAAUACCGCUCCUCUGCCCUCACAUCCAGCGGACAGAUGCCCUACGUGGAGUCCUUGAGAAAUAAAUUAAGAUCUGAGACUAAGCUGGGGAACUGCAGUACAUUCAGAGUGCACGACGCCUCCGCCAGCACCGGGGUGUUCGUGGGCCUGGUGUGUGCCUCCAGCACUGCCAGAGCUCAGGCUUUUGGGGCACAGCACAAUGUUUGUCGCAGGGAAGGAAGGUCUCUGCUCUACUACAAGGUCUGAGCCAUGGCUGCACAAAGAUAUGUUUUGUGCACAAUGCAAGCCUCAUUUCCCCUUUAGCCAAUACAAAUUAAGACAAUAUUUAUCACCAUACAGUUUGAUAUUACUUCCAAUAAGUACAAUAUUUAUUAAACAUUUCUUCAGUUUUGUUACAUAUUGUGCAACAAAUUACAAUAUUCUGCAGCCACAAAUUAUAUGCAGAGAGUAUGAAGAAACUAUUAAUCAGAGAUAGUGUGAUCUUUCCAUUUAUAAUUCUACAAGAAGGAACUAGCAAAUCAGAUCUUACAUAUAUCUUACUAAAUUUUUAUGCAUGGAAACCGACAGACACUGUUGUGCUGUUUGAUACAAAAUGGCUGAACUUCAUCUUCAGAAGACUAAACCUGACAUCUAAACAUGCCAAUAGAAACAUCAAAACAAAAAUACAUCCUAACCAACCACAGGAAACAGUCUGGUAUCAGGAAAAGCAACAAGGAUUACACGUUUAUAAACCAGCACACAAAGGUUUAAAACAGUUCUGAAAAUGAAGUUAGCUGUCUUGAGUCAAGGGAAUAAAAAAAGUCAGUAUUGACCAUUUACAAUCUCUGACCUUUGUGGAGACGGUAAGAAUCUGUUGUAGUGCAGCUACAUACAGUACAAUUCAGGCAAUUUUUUUUUUUUUUUUUUUCACUUGGGUUCAGAUUGCAAAUUCAUUGUUGUGAGACAAAAGGGGGGAGGCAAGUUUUAGCAGCAACCUCCACUAGACUGCUUGACUGGAGUGCUCUGAAUUUUAACAUUGGACUUCUCUGCACCACCAGCUGUCGCUCCAGGACCCAUUCGUUUUUUAAUCUCAGCAGCCAUGGUCAUGAAAGACUGUUCUACAUUUGUGGCGUUCUUUGCACUGGUUUCCAAAAAUGGAAUUCCAAGAGAAUCUG